GUGACUGUUUUAUUUUGACUCCGGCAGCGCAGACCGCUGGUGGCCCCUUUGUGUGCAUCGCCGUUUCCUCACACAGCUUCCCAGAGACAAUGAGAGGGCUCCUACAAGUCUCAAAAUAACAAACUGUGACUCCGUAUCUGAAAAAACUGGCUGCGGCACCCUGUGGGUCCCGAUAUGAGGAUACAAGAAACCGAAUCGCGCAGACCUGCAAGUGAAAAUAAUAAGAGUAGUUUAAUAAUACUGUGGAUCGGAAUGGAAAUGCGGAAAAGGGUGUUCGGUAAAGUGUCCCGUUGUUUGAUAAUCCUUCUGCACGGAGUUCGAUUUCACAGAUAUCACCUCGCACCAUCUACUAUUCAGACUGGACAUAAAGUUCAGACAUUUUCAAGUUUAUUUCAUUGCACUUCUGACCCAAGUCAUGAAUAACGAGUUCUCGGAAUGACUUUUAUUCCGUCUCCUAUUUCUGAUCUGUGUGUCCUCAUUGAUCAGAUCAUGUGGUUCAGUUGGGCUUACUGUGGACCCCUGUGAAGUGGAACGGCUCUGAGGUCUGAUAGUGAUCCGGCAAGUCUGCCCUGACGGCUUUCUUAAGGCUGACUGCUGUGAGGGUGGUCCCGCUUUCUUAAGGCUGACCACUGUGAGCGUGGUCCCACACGCGUGUGGAUUCACACAAUGACUGCUGCUUCUUAAGAGCUGAUGUCUGAAUCUCUCCAGUUUCCACACCUGUAUCCUCAGAAAAUCUCUUUCUUACUGGGUGCCAGAGGGAAAGUGCAGACCCUCCAGGGGUGGCCAGCUCGGUGGCUGCCUUCCCAGCCUGCAUCUGGGCACUUGGUGGACUUGUCUGUCCUCGGACACGGGGAGCUCUGUGGAGCCAUGGAGCACCUUGUGACGGAGCUGAAUGUCCUCCUGAAGCUGCUGGACCAUGAGUCCCUAAGUGCCGCCACAGUGGAGAAGAAGAUGGCUGUCAGGAACUUGCUGAAACAGCUACACCCUUCAGUGAAUGGAACCGACUUCACAUACAUGAACACCUCCAUCUGCAGAAAUGGCACCAGCUUUGUGGAGUCCCUGUUCGAGGAGUUUGACUGUGACCUGCGAGACCUCAGGGAUGCAACAGACGAGCAAAAGGACGAGAGGGAGGAGGAAACACGGGAGACACCCCCCCCUAAAUCGAGCCCAGUAGACACACCACCCCCCCUGCCCACAACUCCACCUCCAGAAGAUUACUAUGAGGAGGCUGUGCCCCUCAGUCCAGGCAAGGCCCCCCAGUACAUCACCACACGGGGCAGCUCAAGCCCCCCCAACUCCAUUGAUGGAUACUAUGAAGAUGCUGACAGCAACUACCCCACUACCUGCAUUAAUGGUCAACAUAAGAAUUCUUAUAAUGACUCAGACGCUCUGAGCAGCUCCUACGAGUCCUACGAUGAGGAGGAGGAGGAGGCAAAGGCCCAGCGUCUAACUCAUCAGUGGCCGUCGGAGGAAAACUCCAUGGGUCCCGUGAAGGACUGCCGCAUCUGUGCCUUCCUCCUGAAGAAGAAGAGGUUUGGCCAGUGGGCCAAGCAACUGACCGUCAUCCGAGAGAACAGGCUGUUGUGCUACAAGAGCUCCAAGGAUCACACGCCAUACAUGGACCUGCCCCUCAGCCUGUGCAGUGUCGUCUAUGUGCCCAAGGACGGGCGCCGCAAGAAGCACGAGCUGCGCUUCUCGCUGCCCGGCGGGGAGGCUCUGGUGCUGGCCGUGCAGAGCAAGGAGCAGGCAGAGGGCUGGCUCAGGAUCAUCCGUGAGGUCAGCAGCCCUGGCCCGAGCAGCACCAGCUCCGACGCCUCCAGCUCACCCUCUAACGUCUACAAGACAGAACUGGACAAGAGACUGGCAGCUGAGAAGCAUACCUCUGAUUCAGACUUCGUGGCAACGGGAGACAUAUGCACCCUAACCAGGGACAACCGUGAUCAUGGGAAGGCUAAGCGUGGUGCACUGUCGGAACUCACGGGGUCGGUGAGUCGGGCCGCUGGGCGCAAGAUCACUCGCAUCAUUAGCUUCUCGAAGAAGAAGCCCUCGCAGCCUGAGGAGCCCCGCACCUCCUCGCCCGAUGACGACGACCCUCGCAGCGGGUACCUGAGUGUGCUGAUGAACCAGUGCUGGAAGGAGCGGUGGUGCAGUGUGAGAGGGGGGUCCCUGUACCUCCACCGAGACCGCGGUGACCAGCGCACCCACCUCAGCAGCAUCGCACUCCACGGCUGUGAGGUCAUGCCCGGCCUGGGCCACAAGCACCCCUUUGCCUUCCGGAUCCUGCGGGGUGGCAAUGAAGUGGCAGCAUUAGAGGCCAGCUGCUCGGAGGAGAUGGGCCGCUGGCUGGGGAUCCUCUUGGCUGGGACAGGUUGCUCCACAGAUCCGGAGUCCUUGCACUACGACUACGUGGAUGUGGAGACCAUCGCCAACAUCCGCGAUGCUGCCCGCCACUCCUUCCUGUGGGCGACCGCGGACUCCAGGACCUACGACGAGGUCCCUUUUGAGAGAGCACAGCCAGAAGAAGGGGCUCCUAAGCCAGGAGCUCAGGUGAAGCGUCACUCCUCAUUCUCCAGCAGAGACACUCAGAAGGUCACCUCCUUGGUCACAGUCAAACGGCAUGGCUCCAAUGCAAAUCAGUACGGGAAGUAUGGAAAGACCCGUGCCGAGGAAGAUGCACGGAAGUACCUGAUGGAGAAGGAGGCACUGGAAAGGGAGAGGGAUGCGAUCAGAAACAGCCUGCUCUCAUUGCGCAAAGAAAAGAGGGAAGCCAAGGAGGAGCUGAAGGGUGCUACGGGUAAACAGAAGAAGAUCUUGGAGGAGCGUGUGGCCCAUCUGGAGGAGGGCUGCCGGGGAAAAGAGGCAGACCGCGUGGAUCUGGAGCUCAAGCUGACGGAGGUGAAGGAGAACCUGAAGAAGUCACUGGCAGGAGGAGUGCUGGGAGCUGCGGGGGACGUCAAGCAGGCGCCCAAGAGCGGCAAAGCCGAGGGCCUCUACAGUGACUCGUCUUUACCAGUCAACUGCGCCGCCGAAAUGCGAAAGCGCCCCCCCUCCAUCUAUGCAUCCAACAAGGGGAGCGUGAUGCAGAAGGCCAAGGAAUGGGAGCUGAAGAAGGGCACUUAAAGAAGGUUCUGGUCCGUAGGCGUUCGCACUGGAGGAUAAUGUAUCAUUGGCGAGAGGGGUGGACCCCUUCUAGCUACAGAUACAAACAGACACACACAAACACACGAAUUGAAACACUUAAAAACUGCCCUCUUCCUCUGAUUGGACGACUGAGAGAGUGUCGUGCCAUGGAAACCGGGGAAGGUGCUGCCCUGCCACUCCUUCAGGACCACAGCACACAUUACAGAUGGCUGGGAAUCAUACACCGGCAGACGGCCGUGUGCGAGAGGACUCCUGUCUGCGGAUAAGCAGCGAGACAGAUGGACCUGGCUGGACGAAAUGUGUGAAGAUGAUGGAAAAGACACUGCUUCAGUCAUCACUAAAGAGGACGACAUGCGAAUACUGUGAGAUACUCAGCAAGAGGCUUUAAGAAAAGUAUUUUUAAGUAUUAUAUUGUUAUACUGCUGUAAAACAGGAAAGACAGAUAUGUUUUGUAUGUUUUUAUUUUUAUUGUGCAAUGUUGUCACUGUAACUAAAGGAAAAUGUGUAGUAAUAAAGUUAUUGAAGAUUGUCUAUGAAACAUCCUGGUCAACAAGCAAGCAGAGGAUGCUGCUGGAUCUAUCCCAGAAAUAUCCCAGGCACUUCUGGCCAUUGUCUCUUUCAAACAGUUUGGGAUCAGCAAAUAUUGAAUUAUGUUCACAUCUUUGGACAGACAUUGUUAUCAUUUUGCAAGAGCUAACAAUGGUAAUUAUGUUACAGAGCUUAUAUUUCAACUACAGUUUCUUAUUAACCCUUAUCUGGCUUUAGCACUUUACUGUUUUUCAUUACUUUUUUACAUGGAGACGGUGACGGGGGAAUAAUAAUAAUAAAAAAAUGCAUAUUCUGCACCAAA